AUGACAGUGUUAGCGUCGUCGCCUCCGCUUUGUUCAGAGGCAGUCGAUUUGAAGGUGCCGAGGACGACGAUGAGUGACACAUGCCUCAGCGGCGACGCAUCAACUUUCACACGCGUUUUUGCGCAUGACCGAAAGCCUUGGGCGAUGCGAACAAAAAAUGACCGCCACCGUAAAGCGUUGGGCAGCGUCGACGUUCAGCAGCGUGCCUCCCUUCGACACAUGCCUCGUUGUCGACCACCUGACCACCGCCGCCUAGGGUUGAAUUUCACACCUCCGUCGGUAGUAACGGCUUGGAUUUCGCACUAA